GUUUUUUUGAUUUUUUUUUUUUUUAUUAUUACAACUUUUAUAAUAGAAAUAUAUGAAAUAUUUACUUUUUUUCUUUUUUAGAAUAAGUUUAUCAGAUUUUCCGAUGAGAGCUAUACUCUUGGUAGCAAUUUAAGAUCCCUAUCUGAUUAUUAAAAUAUUGUAGUAUUAAAAGAAUAUAUACCUAAUCAUAGUGAAUGUGAAGAGAAUGAAUAUGUAACAUAAAAAUGGGGAAUACAAAAAGGAAAAAAACCUAAUAAAUCAUUAAAUAAGAAGGUUACGGGUUACGAUAAGGAAAAAAUGAAAAAACAUGAGUUAAUGAAAAUGAUUAUGAGGUCUUUCAAGAAUAAAAUAGAAAAAUUCGUCAUAUAGAUUUAAAAAAUAUAACACUUAGAAGUUACGCAUUUGGAGUUGAUUUUUUUUCUUUUUUUCUACUUGAAAAUAGGAUGCCUAUAUUAGAAGGAUUAGGUUACUUGAAAAUCUACAAACAAGUUAACCAUUAUUCCAAACUUAAACCUACUCCAGUAGAACACUUUAUUUGUUCAAUAUUUGUUGGAAUACUUAUGAUUUUAUUAGUUAUAAUAAUUAUAAUAACGAUAACUAAGAUCUUAAUAAAUAAUUAAAAAUAUAAAAAAAUUAAGUUG